AUGGAAUAUCAAUCUUCUGUGUUUAGACAAGUUAUGAAUCAACAACAAACAUCUACAACACAAAAUAAUAAUAAUAGUAAUAAUAAUAGUAAUAAUAAUAAUAAUAGUAGUAAUAAUAGCUAUGUAUAUACAGGAUAUAAUAAUAUUAGUAGUAAUAACAAUAGUUCAACAAAUACAUUUAGUACAUAUAAUCCAUACCCUUAUGGUGGUGCAAGAGGAAAUGGUAUUAUAAACAAUAAUUAUUUUUCAACUCCUCCACCAUUACCACCAUCAACUCCACCAUCUGUUCCAUUGUCACCAAUAUCUAAUAAUAAUAAUAGUAAUAAUAAUAAUAAUAAUAAUAGUAAUAAUAGUAAUAAUAAUAAUAAUAGUAAUAAUAAUGGAUAUUCAUAUAGACCACAACCAUUGCCACCACAAUCUAAUGCAAAUUCAUAUUAUCCAUUGUCACCAAAUCCACCAAAUUUUUAUAAUUCACCACCACCAAUAAAUACUCCACCACUUGUAUCUUCACCAAAAGUAAAUACCACUAAUUCAUUUAGUAAUAUAGUAAGGGAUAUAAAUAAUGUAAAUUCAUAUAAUACAAGUAGUAAUAGUGUUAACAAUAGCAAUUAUACCAAUAAUGCAUAUAAUGGUUUUGGAGGUGUACCAUCUUAUUACAAUCCAUCAUACUAUACUAGUCAACCACCAUUACCAACAUAUCAAUAUCCAACACCACAGCCUCAACCUAUACCACAAAUACAACCACAAAUACAACCACAAAUACAAACACAAACACAGCCAAUUGUUAAUAGUAACAGGUAUCCAAUGGGAUUUUCAGGUUUUAAUAAUUCAGCAGCAACAACAACAACAACGACGACAAAAUCAGCAACAACUAAUGUUACUACUCAAAAUAAUAAUAAAAAAACACCACCUGUAUUCCCUUCCAAUAUAGUGAAUAAUAAUAGUAAUGGUAAUAAUAACAGUUUUAAUGAUAAUACACUCACUUUUUCAAACGUAAAUAAUGGUACAGGUACUAUGCUACCACCUAAAGCAGAUAUAUAUAGCAAUCCUUUUUUAACAGAGUCAACAUCGAAAGCAACAACCUCGACAUCCAUAUCGACUUCGACAAUAUCAUCGACUACAGCAACAGCAACAGCAACAGCCACUAAUACAACAUCGACAACAAUAUCUUCAAAUAUUGAUUUAAAGAAAAAGAAAGAUGAUGAAAAAAAUAAUAUUAAUAAUAAUAAUAAUAAUAAUAAUAAUAAUAAUAAUAAUAAUAAUAAUAAUAAUAAUAAUAAUAAUAAUAAUAAUAAUAAUAAUAAUAAUAAUAAUAAUAAUAACAAUUGCAAUAAAGUUACAAAUACUACAUCACCUCACAGAUUCCUUCCAACAGCAACUUCUGAUACAAAUUUAACUGCAAACAAUAGUAGUGAUAGUAAUAAAAAUAACAAUAAUAAUAAUAAUAAUAAUAAUAGCAAUAAUAGCAAAACUCACAAGAGAUUUAACUCAACAUCAUCAUUAGAUUUAGAAGGAAGUAAAUCGAAUUCAAAUUCAAAUUCAAAUUCAAAUUCAAAUUCAAAUUCAAAUCCAAAUUCAAUAACCAAUAGUAAUAGUACAUCAAGUUCAAAUUUAAGUCAAUCACAAUCAGUUGUCGCACCAUCACCAUUGAAAUCGAAAUUAUUAAAGGUUGUAUCCGAUGUUAAGAAAGGAUUACCACAAGUUGGCGAUAGCUUGGUUAAUCAAUAUAAUAAUCUUUCACUAUCAUUAUCAAAUGGUGGAGUUAAUAGGCCACCUUCUUCAAAAAGAAGUGAAAGUCCAAAUCUUAUCAAUCAAGAUUUAUCAUCAUCAUCUUCAUCUUCAUCAUCACCACAAUAUACUCCAUUAUCAUCAUCACCAGUUAAUAAUAAUAAUAAUAAUAAUAAUAGUACUAAAAUUAAUAAUAGCAAUAGUAACAAUUAUACAAGUAUUAAAUUAACUAAAACAAUUAAUAAACCUACUCCAUCUACAAGUAGUGAUGUAUCUUUCUUUUCAUAUUAUGGUGGUGAUAAUAAUAAUAAUAAUAAUAACAUUAAUGGCUUGGAAAAUACAAAUGAAAACAGCAAUAAUGGUAAUAAUAUAAAUACUAAUAAAGUAAAAGAUAUUAGUAGUAAUAAUAAAAAUAAUAAUAAUAGUAGUAGUAGUGACUCUGAAGAGGAUAGAGAGUAUGAUAGCGAUAGAAUUGUAAAAUCAUCAAGAGUAUCUACAUUGGUUGGUAAUUUUGAAAUUUUAGAUGAUAAACCACCAUCAGUUGAUAGUAUAUUAAAAACAUCAUCAGAAGCAAUAGCAAUACCUCCACGUAAUAUUACAAAAUCACCAAAAUCACCUUCACAACCAUUACCAUCAUCACAAAAUCCCACAACUACAACAGCAACAGCAACAACAACAACAGCAACAGCAACAACAAAAACAACAAAUAAUACUAAUCAAUUUAAAUCGAAUAUGUUAAAUCAACUUAAAACUAAUCAACAACAACAACAACAUCAACAACAUCAACAACAUCAACAACGUCAACAACAACAAACAACAACAAUUAAUAAAGCUAGACCAACAUCAUUACCAUUAAAUUCAUAUCCAGAUUUAUCAAUUUCACCACCAUUAAGUGGUGUAUCUACUAAUACUACAACAACAACAACAACAACAACAACAGUAAAUAAUAGUGGAUCACCUGAUUAUCCAAAUUUAGCAUCAACAAGCGCAGGUAGUAGUAAAGCUAUUAAAGAGGAUAUUACAUUACAAAGAUUUAAACCACUGCCACCAAGACCAAUUUCAACAGGGACAACACCACCAAAUGAAAUUCAAAAUCCAACUUCACCAAUUCAUUUUCAUCAACAAAGUAAUAGUGGUUUAAAUAGUAAUGGUGCUAAUAAUAAUAGUAAUGGUGGUGGUGGUGGUAUUAAAGGAUUAUUUUCAAUGUUAGCAUCAUUACCAUUAGGUGGUAAUGAUGAUGAUGAGGAGGAUUUUGAAAUUAGUGUUCCAAAUGGUGCAAGUAUUGAUAGAUAUAAAGAGGAUUUCACUCAAUAUCUAUCAGAGUUUGGUGAUAAAUCCAAAAUUCUCCAACAUAUUCAUUGGCAUCUAGAUCAGAAUAUAGUGAAUAUUGAAACGGUGAAAUUAUUGGGUUGUAAUUAUGGUUUCUCUGAACAAUGUCGUGCAACUUCAUGGAUGUUAUUAUUGGGUUAUUUACCAAUAAACACCACUCAACGAACAUCAGUACUCUUACAUAAAAGAUCACAAUAUAGAGAUUUAGUAAAGAAACAUUUACCAGGUCAAGAUAAACAAUUAAUUUUCGUUCAAUCAACUUUAUUAUUGACAACAAAUAAUGAAUUCUCAAUAUCAUCUUCAUCUUGGGAUGAUGAUGAUGGUGGUGGUGGUGACGGCGAUGAUAAUAAUAGUUAUUAUCAACAAUUCAAUCAACAAUUGAAUCAACAAUUUAAGCAACAUAGUAGUAAAUUCAUUAGUAGUAUGGUUAAUAUGGUCAAUGUAAAUAAAGCAAAGAAUCAUGAAGAUAUGGUAGCUCAAAUUCAUGUUGAUGUCAUUAGAACUAGACCAGAAGGGUUUCAAGCAUUAUUUGAAUUACCAGAGAUUGAGAAAAUGUUGGAAAGAAUUUUAAUGAUUUGGUCAAUUGAAAACUCUGAUAUCUCUUAUUUCCAAGGUUUAAAUGAUUUAGUUUGUCCUUUCUUAUUAGUAUUUUUAGAACAUGAAAUUAAUAUAUUAAAUCAUAGUAAUAAUACAUCUUAUCCAUCAAUUGAAAUUAAUAAUAAUAAUAAUAAUAAUAAUAAUUGGACAAGUAAAUUAGAGAAAUUAAUGGGUGAGGGUCAAAUAAUUAAAGAAUUGAAGGAAUGUGGUCAAGCUGAUGUAGUUUUAUCAAAAGUUGAAGCAGACGUUUAUUGGUGUAUUAGUUUAUUGAUGAAUUCAGUUAAACAUUAUUCAGUUGGUACUGGAUGUGGUUUACCUGCAGAAGGUAUGAUGAAAAGAUUGGAAGCUUUAGUUAAAGAAUCUAAUGAUCAACUUUAUAAACAUUUGAAAUCCAUGGAUAUUGAUUUUAGUCAUUUCAGUUUCCGUUGGAUGGUUUGUUUCUUAACAAGGGAAUUAAAUUUAGAGACUGGUAUCAAUUUAUGGGAUCAUUAUUUCUGUGAUAAAGAGAAUCAAGGUUUUUCAAUACUUCAUAUUUGUUUCUGUUCUGCUUUACUCUCACAAUGGACUUCAAUACUCAUUCAAAAAGAUUUCAUGGAUUUGGUUCAAUAUUUACAAAAACCUCCAUCUUUAAAGUUUAAUUCUAAUGAUUUAGAAUUAAUCUUUAGAAAAUCUUAUUUAUUAAAAGAAAAAUAUAAACAUAUUCUUCAAAAUUAA